AUGUCCGGGAUCUUGGGCUUCAUCAAAGCGAAACAGAACGAGCUGCAGCCUUCGGCCCUGCAGAAGUGUGGGGAGAGGUGGAGGGACGGCCGGAAGUACGUCCGGAGGAGUGGAAACACAGAAGGAAAGGCUCAGGUCCGGGCUUCCGGGGCGGCUCUGCUCCGCAUCUCUUUGGUUCCGGAGGGUUUGCGGCUGUGGGAAAUGCUGGCGCGCGCUGCGCGGGGCACUGAGGCCCUCUUGCUGAGGGGCUUUGUGCAGGCCUCUGGCCGCGCUCCGCGUCGCGCCUCCUCCGGAUUGCCCCGAAACACCGUAGUACUGUUUGUGCCGCAGCAGGAGGCCUGGGUGGUGGAGCGAAUGGGCCGAUUCCACCGGAUUCUGGAGCCUGGAUUGAACAUCCUCAUCCCUGUGUUAGACCGGAUCCGAUAUGUGCAGAGCCUCAAGGAAAUUGUCAUCAAUGUGCCUGAGCAGUCGGCUGUGACUCUUGACAAUGUAACUCUGCAAAUCGAUGGAGUCCUUUACCUGCGCAUCAUGGACCCUUACAAGGCAAGCUACGGUGUAGAGGAUCCAGAGUAUGCUGUCACCCAGCUAGCUCAGACAACCAUGAGAUCAGAGCUUGAUACAUUAUCUACCACAGGGAACCAGAAUUUUCUUAUGGAUCCCAGUUCCAAUGAGAACUUGGUGAAAUACGAUAGUGUGGGGUGCAAUGAGGGGAACUUGAUGGUCUGGCUGAGCCCAGGAGCUGCACGGAAUGGUGGCAGUCACCUUGCCAGUGCAGCAGGCAUGGACCAGACUGCAAGCUAA